AUGGCGAUUGGAGAUAAAAGAAAAAAAAAUAGAAAAAAUAAACAAAAUAAAAAAAAUAAAAAUGAUAAUGAAUUAAUUCUCCUCCAUAAUACAAAUAAUAAAUUAAUAAAUAGUAAUAGCCUUGUAAAUAGUAAUAAUAAAAAUAAUAAUAAUAAAAAUGGAAAUGGUGGUGGAGUAAAUGUAAUGGUUAACCAAUGCUAUAAUGUUUUAAAUGGUUCAUUUUUAUUUGGUUCAUUCUUUAAUAAAUUUGAUGUACUUUUCAACUACUUAAAAUCAUUUUUAACUAUACAAAAACAAUCAUUAAAUGUAAAUAAAUUAACAGAUAGUAAUAUAACAAUUAGUCAAAAAGAUAAUAUAACAUUUUCAACAAAUAGUAAUAAUAAUAAUAAUAGUACCAAUGGCAAUAGCAAUUCACCAUCAAUUAUAAUUCAACAACAACAACAACACCACCAUUUUAAUGAAAGCCAAUCAUCAAAUAAUAAUAAUAAUAAUGGUAGUUCAUUAAGUUCAUUGGGUGGUAGUUAUAUAACAGUUGACGAUUUAAAUGAUCAAUUAAAGAUAGUACAAUUGGAACAAAAGAUUGUAAAUUUAGAGAAAGAAAUUCAAAGAAUGCGUAAUGAACAAAAUCAAAUUCAUAAACAAAACCUUAACCAAUAUCAUGAAUUAUUAAAACAAAUUAUAAAUGCAGCAUCAUUAAUUCAACAACAACCAACAUCAAUCAUUCAACAACCACCACAACCAUUUGUUGCUCCACCACCUCCACCACCACCACCACCACCAAUGGUUUUUAAACCUAAACCAAUCGUGGUGCAACCUGUUUCAACUCCAAGUAGUAGUAGUAAUAGUUUAGCUUCAAAGAAAUCUAAUGGUGUGCCACAAUUCUCUAUCUCUAUGGCCGAUAUUACAGGUGUAAAAUUAAGAAAGACAUCCUCAAAAUUCGCUCAAAGUAAUUCAUCACCAUCUCGUGUUAAUGGCUCACCUGCUCGAAAUAGAGUUGUCACUUCUCCAGCUGGUAUAAAGAAAUCACCAUUUAAACGUGUUUUGACCCCUGUUAAAAAGUCGGCUACAACAACAACUACUAGUUCUUCAUCCAAUAAUGCUACCACCACAACUGCUAAAGGUUCUACAUCAACACCACUCAAAGAUAUUACCAAUAGUAACAAUAUUAAAAAUUCAGUUUUAAGUCCAAAAUCAAUUACAAAGCCAAAUACUCCUUCAAAUAUUAUCUUUUCACCCCUUUCAAAUAAUAAUAAUAAUGCAUCACCAUACAAACCUUUAACAAUUUCAACUUUAAGAUAA